UUAUUGUCAUUCUCAACACACAUAAGGGCAACUAGGUAGUCUCAAUAAAGCUAGGGACACCCACUUGCGUUCGCUCAUCAACCUUGAGUAAAAGAAUCAAGAAUCAAGCAUUAUAUCCUCUCCCAAAUGCAUAUUUAAAACCUUCACUUCACCCCAUCUCAUGGAAGCUAAAACACUCCAUUCUUUCACAAACAUGGCCACCAUACAAACUGCACCCAACAAUAUUUGUUUCUCCAAUUAUCUCUAUUCCCUCUCCCAAACACCUCACAGGCUCAGAAACAGAAUGUUGGCCACAUGGACCCCAGACCAAGAGCUCAACCAAGUGAGGCGAAGGUCUGGGGCAGACAUGAAGAGGAAGCUCAAGUGGUAUGAUUUGGUAGCCCUUGGUGUUGGUGGAAUGCUUGGUGCUGGUGUCUUUGUCACAACUGGUUCUGCAGCCAACCAACACUCUGGCCCUUCCAUCUUCAUAUCAUAUAUCAUUGCUGGAAUAUCAGCCCUACUUUCCUCCUUAUGUUAUACCGAAUUCUCGGUUCAAAUUCCUGUUGCCGGAGGUGCCUUCAGCUAUCUUAGAGUGACUUUUGGAGAGUUUGUGGGUUACUUUGCUGGAGCAACCAUUCUAAUGGAUUAUGUAUUAUCCAACGCCGCGGUAGCAAGAAGUUUUACCGACUAUUUAACCUGUGUUGUCGGAGCUAAUGAUCCAAACUCAUGGAGAGUGGAAGUGGACGGCCUAGUAGAAGGUUACGAUAAGUUGGAUUUCUCGGCUGUCGCUAUUAUUCUCCUUCUCACUCUCUGUCUAUCCCAUAGUACAAAGGAAAGCUCUCUCUUGAACAUUAUUAUGACAGCCUUUCAUAUAGUUUUCUUUGGAUUUAUAAUAAUUGCUGGCUUCUUCAAGGGUAGUGCCAAUAACUUGGUAAGCCCCGGAGGACUAGCUCCGAAGGGUGUUAGAGGUAUUCUUGAUGGAGCAGCCAUUGUUUACUUCAGCUAUAUCGGAUAUGACUCAGUUUCAACGAUGGCAGAAGAGAUCCAAAACCCUUCAAAGAGCCUCCCUGUGGGGAUUGUUGGUUCAGUUCUCAUUGUUUCUGCUCUAUAUUGCCUUAUGGCCUUGUCUUUGUGUAUGAUGAUUCCGUAUGAUAAGAUACCAGAUAAAGCUUCAUUUUCUGCCGCUUUCCAAAAUAUUGGGUGGAAAUGGGGGAGCAAUGUUGUUGGGGCAGGCGCAAGCUUGGGAAUUGUUGCUUCUCUCCUGGUUGCCAUGUUAGGUCAAGCUAGGUACCUUUGUGUAAUCGGAAGAGCCCAUCUGGUGCCUUCAUGGUUGGCCAAGGUUCAUCCUUCAACAGGCACCCCAUUGAAUGCCACUCUCAUCCUGGGAAUCUGUACGGCUACAAUUGCACUCUUCACGGAACUCCAGAUAGUCAUUGGAAUGGUCAGCCUGGGCACACUCUUGGUGUUCUACCUUGUGGCCAACGCUCUCAUCUACCGAAGAUAUGUGAUAAUUGGCAAGAACCCAGCUUCACAUACCUUCUUGUUCCUCUUCCUUCUCUCAUCUUGUGCCCUUGGCGUCUCCAUAUCAUGGAAGCUCAAGCAACAAUGGUGGAACCUUCCCUUAUUUGGGGGAUCCAUGAUCAUCAUCACUGCCAUCUUCCACUACUUCAUGGUACCUUGUAAUCAACGCCAAGAUCACUCGGAAUGGUGGGUGCCAUUUAUGCCAUGGCCGGCGGCAAUAUCAGUCUUCCUUAACGUCUUCCUUAUGACCACACUGAAUAUGCUGGCAUUUAAAAGGUUUGCAAUUUGGUCCGGAUUCAUAACUUUGUUCUAUGUGCUGUAUGGUGUUCAUUCAACUUACCAAGCAGAGGAGUUUGAGAAUAUGGGUGUUAAUGAAGUGAACUCAAACUUGUCGACGCCACAGACUAAGGCAGACAUUCAUCAAGUGCUUUGAUUAUAGAACUUGCCCUGGAAAAGAGAGGGGGAAGUUGAACAAAGUGAACUGUGAAAAUGCUUAAAAAUCUUUUGCUUCUCCUCUUUAAUUUCAUUUAAAUCGAGCCUUUUAGUUUCAAAGGUUGUUACAGUGCUCACUUAUAGAAUUUCAUUGAAAGAA